GCAAACACGGCGGCGGCCGCAGCCCCGAACGAGCGCUGCCCGCGGCGCCCCCCGGCCGGAGCCGCCCUCCCGCGGGAGAGCCCUUCCAGCUGCGGCACUGCUGAGGCGGGGAACCUCUGCGAGAAGCGCCGUCUCCGCCGCCGCCCUUAAAGCCGGUCCCUUUCGCCGGGAGGGAGAAGAGGCUGAGGCUGGGAGAGGAGCAGAUUGCAGGGGAAGGUAGAGAUUGUGGCAAACUUUCUAGCUGCUUCUGCGUGCUGCCGCCUCACCGGUGGGAGUGUCUGCCCAUAAGGACCUGCAGAGCCCAAACCUAGGAGCCCUGAGGCUCCAAAAACGACUUCCAGCCGCCUUUGGAGGAGGAGCUGCCAGCAGUGCGAGAUUUUGCUUUCACGGCUGAGUAGAUGAUUCAUCUCUAGAAGAAAGAUUGGACUUCACAAAUUCCUUUGAAAGCACAAUGGAUGCAUUUUAGAGUUCUACAGAAGUUAUCUAGGAGUAAGAACAUUGGACUUUGAGGAAUAACAGAGUUCAGAGAGCCCAGAAAUUGGUCACUAAUAAAGCCUCUUUGGCCAUACAGCUUGGAAAUGAAUACCAUUGAGACAGCAAAGCUUGAAGAGCACAUGGAGGGUCAGCCAAAUGAGACUUCUAAUGGCUACUCACGACCUACUCUCUCAGUCAGUGAAGAGAACAAAAAUGGCACUAGCAAACCAAAGGGCUUGUCUAAUGGCUUGCGAAAAACAGCAAAGAAGUAUCCUGAUUACAUCCAGAUUGCUAUGCCUGCUGAAUCUAGGAACAAAUUUCCUCUGGAAUGGUGGAAAACAGGCAUCGCCUUUGUCUAUGCUCUCUUCAACUUGAUUUUAACAACUGUCAUGAUCACUGUGGUCCAUGAGAGAGUACCUCCAAAGGAGCUAAGCCCUCCCUUGCCUGACAAAUUUUUUGAUUACAUUGAUCGUGUGAAAUGGGCUUUUUCUGUAUCAGAAAUAAAUGGAAUGAUAUUACUUGGAUUAUGGAUAUUCCAGUGGUUGUUUCUUAGAUACAAAUCAAUAGUGGGACGCAGGUUCUUUUUUAUAAUAGGAACUUUGUAUCUGUACCGCUGUAUUACCAUGUACGUCACCACCUUACCUGUGCCUGGAAUGCAUUUUCAGUGUGCGCCCAAGUUGAAUGGAGACUCUCAAGCAAAGGUUCAGAGAAUCCUGCGACUGAUUUCUGGUGGUGGUCUAUCCAUAACUGGAUCACACAUCCUGUGUGGAGACUUCCUGUUUAGUGGACACACUGUAGUAUUAACGCUGGUCUAUCUAUUCAUCAAAGAGUAUUCACCACGUCAUUUCUGGUGGUAUCACUUAAUCUGCUGGCUGAUGAGCGCUGCUGGCAUCAUUUGUAUCCUGGUUGCUCAUGAACACUACACUGUAGAUGUCAUCAUUGCCUACUAUAUCACCACACGGCUCUUCUGGUGGUACCACUCCAUGGCUAAUGAAAAGACUUUAAAGGUGUCUUCGCAGACGAAUUUUCUCUCUCGAGCAUGGUGGUAUCCAAUAUUUUAUUUCUUCGAGAAGAAUGUGCAAGGCUCUGUUCCUUGCAGUUUUUCCUGGCCAAUAUCUUGGCCUCCCAGCUGCUUCAAAUCUUCAUGCAAAAAGUAUUCACGGGUUCAGAAGACAGGAGAGGACAAUGAAAAAUCUACCUGAAGAAAAGAAGGAAAGCAUCUGCUCUGGUUUUUUCAUUUUUGAUUUUUUUUUACCAAAACAUAAAUGCUGUAACCAAAGUUCUUAAGAAGACUGUAACUGAAGAAGUGGACCAAGCUUCUGUGCAAUUGAUGGAAAGACAAUUGUAGAUGCAUAUAUUGCAUUUCAGAUGUUUUCCUCUCAUCCGGCUGUACAGACCUAUUCUACUCUUCAGUGCUAAUGAAAUGCACCACUGAUGGGAUUUUUUUAUUAAAGAAAAAAAUGGAGCAGGACUGUGCUUUAUUAAUGAGAUAGAGGUGCCAAAGACCACAGUAACACUUCCAUUACUAUCACUCAUCCACAGAAGCACCCAAAAGUCUCAUCUUCAGAGCUCUGGAGUGCGUAAGGGCAAAAACAUGCUAACAUGUAAAGGCACGAUAUUGGCAUAUUGAGGUGUAUAAAAAAAUAACACAAUUAUGGGAAGUGGUUUGUUGCAUUAUUCUUGCUAAUGAAGGUAAGGCCUUUAUGUGACUGGUACAGCUGGAAGCAAGUCUGAAUUUUUUACACACUGUGGGUAUGAAUAUCUUAGGACCCUAAAAUACUACUUACCACCAUUAACUCCCAUGUAUUCUACUAUAUACCAAUUUUUACAUUUUUAUUAGUAAUUUUAUAUUUAAAUAGCUGUGUUACCUGAUGAAUUUGCAAAUUAUAAACAGCUGCUAGCAUCAGAGCUCAAGGAGCCUAAAAUUUUAUUUUUAGUAAGAGACACAGUUUCAACAUCUGAAUCUUGAAUUACAGCUGGCCUUGUGUAUAUAGCUCUACCAGUGCCUGUCAGUGUAUAUAGAUGCAGAUAUACACAAAAGCACAUACCUUAAACAAAAUUAUUUACUGGGAAGAGUAAUCCUAGAGUUCUUGAUGUAGGCAGUUGUACAGCUCUCACCUGCUUGAGGAUUGCAAGGCCAGGUCCAAAAUGGGGCUAGAUUUAAAAUUAACAUUUUAAUUUUAGUAGCAAUCUCUUGCUGAAGCUAUGUAGCAGGUUUGCUUGGGAGCCAUGGUUCUCCAUUGAAUUUCUUUUUUUGUCUUUUACCUCUUGACAUAUGUUUCUGUGACUUACUUUAAAAAAAAACAAAACAACCAACCAAAAAUGUGCUAAGAUGAAGUAUCUACAACAGCAGCAUCUCUUCAAUUACAACAUAAUUUCAUGUUAAAUAACACUGUGGUAGAACUCAAGAACAGGUGACCUUUUUUUCCCAGGGUUGCAGUCCAGCUAAAAUCGCUAUCUAAACAAGUUGGCUGAGAAGGGGGAAACUACCAUGGGGUGAACAUGUAACAACACCACAGAUUAACAGCUGCCUGUUUCCUGUUGGUUUGUGUUGUUUUGUAUUGUUGUGAAAGCAGAGUAGAAAAUUAGCACACCAUGUUUAUCCAUCUGUAUUCUGUAUUAAUUUCUGCAGUUAACUCAAUAUUGUUUUCAGAUAUUCACUAAAACCUAAUGAAAACAUAAAACUGCAUUGUAUUGAGGUGAUACUAAUACAAACAAAAUGCUGCAUAUUUUAAGAAUGUCUUGAAGUGAGUGACAAGUGUGAACACAAUUUAAAUAAUUGCAACUUGUUUUUAAAAAGUCCAAAGUUAAAGUUAUAAAAUGAAAUACAGAGAACUCAAAUAUAAUAAUUUUAAGUUAAGGGGAUAACUUCUCUGAGUUGUACAUGAAAAUAUUUUUGUGCAUUUCAAAUAUUUUUGUGCAUUAUCAAAAUAAUACAAUAAAAAGUGUUCCUUUCAAUACAUUUUUGGAAAAACUUAGUUAAGAAAGAAAUUCUGCUGCGGUUUGGUUUUGUUAUUUAAAAUGAGUUUAGACUUUGAUAAUGUGCCCCUGAAGUUGUGUGCAUAUGAGCAUAUCUGUGCUUCCAUCUCCUUGCUUCUAGCAGACCUUGAACAGCUACAAAGCCAGUAUCAAAAAACUUUUGAAAAUCCUUCUUCUGUCAUUAAUAUGAAUCUGCUCAACACCAGUCAGUAGAUCUCCCAAGAUACUUGUUAUAUUAGUACUACUUCAUGGAUCAUAAUUUUUAAAGCUGAAAUCUAAGCUUUGUGAUACCUUAAGUAUGGUCAUGUUAAUCCACUUGUAGUAAAAUGAUCUUUUAGGAGUUACGGAUUUCAUUAGUAGUCACUGUACCUUGAAAACAGCAUGAUGAAAAGCUUUACCUAAGGAGCUUAAGCAGUGGUUUUCAUCUGGUGGCUCAAAAAUAAACACUUUGACAGUGAGAUUUCUGUAAUAGAUCUGCUAAACAGGCUUUCUUCAUGCAGGAUGAGGUGUUUGGGGUUUUUUACACUUAUUCCUGUUUCUGAAAGAAAAAAAUGUGAAAGUGAUUAAAUAGAACCAAGUAAAGACUCUACUUCUGUUGGGCUGUGUGAGCUUUCAUUCUACUGCUGAAUUUGAUAGAGACUUCUGUUGUAAUGCAACAGGAAAGUUUAAGUAGCAGCUCAAAAUACGUGAUUCCUGUUCUGGCUCAGUCCUCCCUUAAGUACUUAAUAUUUAUCCUUUGUAUGAAAGCUCUCAAAGGGAUAUAUGUGUGUGUUUAAUUAGCAGAAAGCCCCAAUUUUCUAUGCUCUCAAUAGGUUUAAGUGCUUUUACAAACUUGGAUGAUAUAGCUGUAUUUGAUGACUCUUUAGACCUAUAUGUAAGGUGAUAAAAUGGGAUAAGUAAUGUUAUAUUCUAGUUAUUACUGUUACAGUAGUUUAUCCAAUACAAGCCACAACUGCUAUGUAAUAAUUAAUAAUUGUAAUAUCUUGGUGAUCAUUGUAUAAAAAUACCAUGAAGCUUAAAGUAUAAUUUCAUCAUAAGAAGCAAGAAAUUGCAGGAGGUAAAAAGGAGAAACUUGGACUUUUCCUUAGGCCUACCAUCAAGUGGUUGGUAUAUUAUUUGGUCUGUAUAUGCCCAAUACUUAGCAGUGUGUCACUAAUUAUUUUUCCUAGUUACAGUAAUAUUUCUCAGAUGUCACAUGAGCUGCCCCUUUCCUGUGACUAUAACAUGCUUCUCUCGACUGAAGAGCAUUUACAUGUUGAGCUUUACAGACACUUAAUAAAAAAAAUCCACUACAUUUGUAUACCUAACCCAUCAGUAUGACUUAAAUGCUGAUGGGCUUUCUUAAAAUGCCUAACAUAAAUUUAAAUCUGGAUUUUAAACGUUAACUUGAACAUUUAAAGAAGUAUGCUGCUAAGUGGUCAUGCUACAGAUGCUUACACCUAAUGCCAGAAAUUGUUAACGUCUACUUGGAAGCACUGUAAAAGCACUGUAAAUGAACAUCUUUUUCUGUACGUGCUUAGCACUCCCAUGUGGACAUAAAAGGUACUGUUAGUCAUCCUUCACUGCUGUUUUCUUGGAAAGAUCGCCACAGGUGGCGUACUAGCAAAAGUAGCUCUGCUAAACACUGCUAUGAGCCCUGGUACUGGAUUUGCUGCCCUCCUUAAAAAAAAACUGGUUGGGAGAGAAGGAAACUAAAAAAAGUUUAUGUUAAAAUACACUACCUUCAGGUAAUAGAGAAAUAAAGCUCAGCAACAGAGAGAGAACUGGGAAGUCUUAAAAGAGAUGAGAGACCAUUCUCUUAAUUGGAUUAUUGCAAAUCCACUUACUAGGGUCUUAAAUCAGAAUCUGUUCAAUCUCUGGCUUUCUCUUAUCAGCAGUAUCUGACUAGACAGUUUAUCCUAAGUUGUUUGGUACUAACCCAAAUUCUUUUUCUCAUUUCAUUAGAUGGGAUUUACUGUUCUAGAGACAGAUCCAUUAGCUUCAGUGCAAGGUGAAGUCUUUCCAUUAACUUUAAAUGAGCUUUCCCAUGGCUCUGUUGGUUUUUAUGUUUGCUUGUGGGAUUUUUUUCUUUGUUAGUGGGGUUUUUGGUGGUUUUUUUUUUUUUGUGGUUUUGGUUUUGUUGGUUUGGUUUUGGGGGGUUUUUUGUUGGUUUUUGGUUUUGGUUUUUUGGGGGUUUUUUGGGGUUUUUUGUUUUGUUUUUUAAUGCAUAAACCUUUAAUCUUAAAGAUUCAUUUUGAAAUGAAUUAUUUUGAAAUGAAUUAUUUUGAAAAUGGGUCCAAGCUGCCAGAUGGAUUGGAACCAUUUUGCCGUACUGGCAGAUGUAAUAGUUGUAAAACUCCAUUGUCAUCUUGAUAUUUUCACAAUAUACAUGUCUUGGACUUACCUAGAACUCUUAUAUGGGCACACAAAAUUAGUGUGAUGCUAUGAGACAGAACACUUCAACACAGACGUAUUCAAUUCUCCAGGCAUUGUAAAAUCAAGGUCUUAAAUUCAGUUACUGAGAAGAGGUAUCUUAAAAGUAAAUACUACUGUUAGGCAUCAUUCAAAUGAGUAUUGCUUAAGUACACAUGAGAAAAAUAUCCUAGCAUGCCAUUCAAGUAACUUUGCUUAAAAGUAAGCCUUCAUGUGCCACUCUAUGAUGCUUCUUAGAAUCCAGAGAAAAGUGCUGUGAAACAGAGAAUAGAGACAAAGGCAUUUGUUGUAGUAUUUAUAAAGAAAAGGAAGGAAGAUGAAAACACUGAAGUAGAUGGUGAUCAUAUAUUGCUUUUUUCAUGAAAUUGAGCUAAAACUACACCUAACUUGCACAAAGUGUAGAUUUAAAUGGUUUAAUAGUUCUGCAAAAAAACCCAACAAACCAGACCUAUAAGGAAGCAGCAGUAUUAAGCACAUCAUUCUAUGGUACAGCUGUGGAUCUGUGCUGGCUCUCAUCCAUAACUUCCAAUAUAAAAACAAAACCCAACUCAGUGAGAAAUGCUUGGAUAUUAAAGAACUUAAAUAUUAUUAGCAGUCUUUUAUCAGUUGUUCCUACAAGCUGUCACUAAUAGUUUCUAAACCAAGAACAAAGUGCUGCAAUGCUUAAAACAUACUGAAGAUUUUUUCUAGUUGGCUUCAGUUUCCAUGGAUUUAACCAUUUAUGAUUAAAUCCUCUUAACCUAGAAAGCAGCACAUAAGAAUGUCAGGCUGAAUACAGGUAGCUCAUGUAUUUCAAGGAAACUCCAGUUCUGAACUCAUCUUUCCUAACUAAACACUCAAUGCCUGAAGGAUUUUUAAAGAUGAAGUAACAAUACUGUGCAGUCUCUAACAUGUAUAUGAAAUACUGGUGUUGAGGAUUUCUUCUUUCUACUGUAAAACAGUGAUUAAAAAACCACAAAAUUUUCAGUGAAAAUUUUUAAUUGCGAAGGACUUGGAGUUGAGCAAAUAGCUAGCUGUUUGUUUUCUGUGGCACUUGGCUGUGUACUAACCUUUAAGAUGCAAACUAGGUGGGAAGAGAGGCAGACCACUUCUUACUGGGAGGAGCAGUAUGUGACUUUUUGAAUUAAAAUUAUACUGGCUGCAUGUUAUGUGUAGUCUUAACUGUACUACAGUUGAAAAAAGAUGCUGUAUUAUACUAUUAUUGUUAGUGUUUGCACUUUUAAAAAUGAUUCUGUAGUGGUUGAUCCAGCCCUUCUGCUGGAUGAGGAGUGAGUGUUUUUGUCCUUUACUUGCUCUCUGUAUGGUUAAAUAUAACUGGUUUUAGUUCUGGUAAAUGUCAAUGCAAAAAUCGCAGAUCCCUUGGAUACAGUACAUAAGGUGUUUUGAGGUGUCUGUGCAUGGGUUUCUUCUAGGGCAAAUAAUCUUUCAAGCUGUGCCUAAAUUAUGAUGUUAGCUCUUGCAUUUUCUCUCAGAAUAAUAUGGUCUUUAGGAGGUUAGCAUUUGUGACACUGCACAGAAUUACUACAGAAGAAUCUUUGUGCCAACCAUGUAUCUUUGAAAUAUGUUUGAAGAUGACUUUUGGGUUUUUUGUUUUGUUUUUUAAUUAAGAGAAAAAGUGGUCAGAAAUGAGUCUGAAAUAAAAGCAUCUCGAGCAGUUGGGGUCAGGCACCACGCAGGCAUACGGGUGUGGAAAGGGUUUCUCUGGCAUAAGCAAUAUUGGAUUCAGUGCACAGCAGCUUCCCUAGGAAGGCAAACCAGGUUGUACUUGUACAGUACAGAUGGCUGUGAGCCAUCUCUACCUGUCCUUUUGAGCUUCUUUUGGACUGACAGUGGUGUACUAAAGGUGGCAAUAGUUAAAAAGUGAAGGGCACUUAAAAAUCAAAACUAUAAAUGGGGCUGAAAAGGCAGUAACACCACUCAUCAGAGAGCUGCGAUCCAAUUCAGCAGAGCAUACAAUUGGGUAUUACUUCAGGUGUAUAAGGUGCAUUUAAGAUGAGUGGGACUGUUUGCUUUCUACAUUUUUUUUUAUUAUUAAAGAUGGCAGGUGUGCUGAGAAUACCAAGAGGAAAUUUAUUUCCCUGCUUACUUUUACCUCUGCCAUUGAAGUGUUUGUGUAUGAACCUUAAACAAUAUUACGAACUCUAACCCCUCUUACAUUUUGAGUAAUUUAGCAGUGUUUUGUUACUUCUGUAGAAACUUGGUUUGCAUUCUGCUUGUUUCAGUUUGUUGCCGCUCAAAAUGCUGCUUCUGCUGAAGCCUGUGCUGCUUUAGACUCCUGUCUAACUGCAUCUGCUUCUACUAAUUGUAUUUUCUAAAUGGCUCAAUACAAAAGAGUAGAAUUUACAUUUGAGAAGGCUUCAAAAUUAAUUCUAAAGCCAAAGGCAUUCUCAUCAGACACAUCUUUGCACAAUUAGUACUUGAAAAUAAUUGCAAGUUGCAAUACCUAACAUGCUAGGACUUCUUUUCCCUCAGGAAUCAAUUCUUCUUAAAUGUUUUGCACGUUUGUUUGUGUUCAUUUUCAUGAUUAAGGAGAGCAUGUGUGAGAUGUGAAAAAGAUUCUGCUAGCUUUUGAGGUCAGGGUUAUACCAAGGAACCUGAAAGUAGAAGCAGAAAUAAUGGUUUGAUGGCUGUGGUUCUCAUGAUUUCCACAUACUUUGAAAACUCAAAACUUCCCUAAAAACAGCACAGGACUUCACUUUGGCUGCAACAGGGUUUCAUCCUUGUCAGCUGACAGCUUUUCUUGCAGGAUUUCUCCUAGGCUGGAUCCCUGGUAUCCAUAGGCUCUGUAUGUCAAUUGGAGCUGUAUAUCCAACCUUGGAAAAACUAGGCAAGAAAAGACACUGGCUGCUGAGGAACCCUACAAGGCAAUAUGAGAAUGCUGUAAUGUGUGCAUGAUAAGAAGCUGAUAAAAUGGCUUUGUUCUGUAGCUUCAGGGUCCAGUUCUGCAAACACCAUGCAGCAGACUCUUACACUGGCAAACUGAGAAACCUUUGGUGCUGUAGUUUCUACUUGGUCUUUGCAAAUUGGGUGUGUCAUUUUCAUAGAAAUUCUUCACAAUUAGCCACAGUUGGCUUUUAUGUUGUAAAACUUUCAGGAUGACACUUUAUAACUGAUACUUUGUCAGGUAACUGAGUGUUACAGUUUGCUGUAUGUAUGCAAAAGGUACUAGAGCUAGAGUUGUGAUUUGUGCUGCAAUCUGUUCACUUUGUUAAAAAAACCCAAACCAAAACCAACUAUUGCACUAGCUGUACUUUAAAAAAAAGCAAUAAUGGGAGCAUCUUGUAGCUUUUCCCCUCCAGAGGUGCUGUCAUGGUCACUUCACUGUCAACUGUGAAUUUGGUAAAACAUGUUGAAGAAAUUGUCCUAUGUGGUUUACUUGUCACAUACAAGUUGAAAUUUUUUACUGUCAGCCUGUGUACUAAUGAAUACAGGUGGACUAUUUACAUAACCACCCACAUCUUUAAAAAUCAAAAACCUUAUAUCCAUUUAUGGUGCUAAUAAUCUCAACUAUUAUAAAGAGCUGGUAUUCUCUUAUUACACAUGAACACUUAAGGAAAGUUGUGACACCUUUCAAUAAAAUAAAAUUUGUCUACAUUUUAAGCCUGCUCUAAAUGUUUUUUAUAUAAAUACAACACUUUUCUAUUUGUUAUAUAUAAAAAUGGCAAAAAAUAGUAUUUUAAUGCAGGAAAACAUUAGGAGUGUACAUUGUUCUAAAUUAUAUGUCCAAUUCUAAAUUUUCAUACAUUUAGGAUAGCUAAUCUUCUGAAACUCAGUCGAAAAUCUAAGAAUUUCACUAGGUAGGAUUAAGGGACAGGCUGGUAGUUUUAAUAAAAUAAUUCUCUGACUUCAUUAUCACUGUUGAAGCCUAGGAGACAGAGGGAGCAGAUGUGAAAUGGACAAAGCUGUAUUAGGAGGACACUGGUUAUACAGUGUAGAUGUAUAAUUUGCUGAAACUUUAAAAAACCCCAAACAACUUGUUAUGGAUAUGACCAUGUAGCUGUCUAAAGAACAGAAGUGAAACACCAUAAUUGUCAAGGCAGUUCGCAGUAGGACAUUGUAAAAACAUGUGAAAGAACCUUAAACUAGAUUAUUUAGAUUGUGAAACAACAAAGUAAUUUUCUAGCUUUGUUUGAAAGCUUCACAAGCAACUUUUUCUUAAGAAGGAAAACUAUCUUGUGCCUUCUGUUGCAGAAGUUAUUGUUGCCUUCCCCCUGCCUUUGGUUGUGAUUUUAUUGUAUGUAAUGGACAGUGCACUUCCAGAUGGUUCCAACAGGCGUUUUUUGGGCAGCAGUACCUAUACUUUCUAUCCACAGAGAACACUGAGCCUUUAGUUCUUGUUAAAAGGCCAUUACUUGAGAGCUUACAGUUGUGAAAGUAUCUGCCUGUGGCAGGUAUGGCAUUCCUGCUGGAGUCGGCUGUUAGAUGAGCAUGAUGCCCUUCAUUCACCUGGACACGUGAGCGUGCGGAGCGGGUGCCAUGCCCAGGUGCACUGGUGGCACUGCAGCACACCCCUCUGCUCUGAAGUGGUUGUACCCCAAGUUGCUAUGCUUCAUGUACUAGAAUAAAUUCUCUUUAACCACUUCCACCUAGUACUUCAAGAAGUAAAUGGGCUUCCCUAAGAUCUGUUUGAUGGAAUUUCUGUAUCAGUGCAAAGAAUAUUCCAUGUUUAGAGUAACUUAAUUUAAAGCAGAAACAAGCCCACUAUCUAGGGCUGGGUAGGGUUUUUGUUGUGUAAAGGUGGAUAGUCUAGGAACAAUAGUCUGGGUUGUCUUCCUGCUUUCACUGUGCCUGCUUUUAUUGUAGGACCCUUGGAAAAGCCAAAGAUUGAACAAAGUCAUCCAUAAUAGUUCUAAGCCACAUUGAAAUAUAAUUUUCCUGUCUUAAUUACUAGAUGCUUCAGAGAAAAUGGACUGUAUUUUUUUAAUUUACAAAAAGUGCAAUACUUACAGAAAUAUUAAGAGGCAAAUGGCUGCAUGUUUCAAUGCCCUGCAAAAACAAAACCUUUAUGAGCAUGUGACAUGCACUUGACCAAAAGUGGAGAUUUUUAGCUUUACAGAAACAUGUUUCAGCGCACUAGUGUAACUCAGAACUUUCAAAUAUUUUCAGUGUGCUUUUGGUGAGGAGUGUGUUUUUAUGAAUGAAGUGCCUGUGGAAGUAAAAAUCCUAAAGUUGCCUGCAAGCUCAAAUAAAGCAUAUAAAACCAUAGCCCAUACUUGAAGAGAAUGGGUGCUGUCAGCAGCUGCAGAGAACAGCUGGUCAACAGCCCUAAGUGUUGAUAGGAUUCAAAGAUUAAGAUAAAGUUUGAGCAAAGAAUAUGAUAUUGCUUUUGAGAGUUUACUUUGUUAAUUAAACUUCCAAUGCUUCUUCUUGGGCCUUAACUCUGUAACUUGGUUAUGUUUAAGGAAAAAUUAGUUCCUUUGAACUACUCUAUUUUUAAUGCUUUUUUUCAUUAUAGUCUUUACUCUGGUGGGAAUUUUUGUUUGCUUGUUAUGUGGAGCUAUUUUUUGACCUGUUAAAAGUGGAGUCACCAAAUUCUUUGAUUACUCAGUUAGGGGUAAAAGAGUUUGAAGAAUGGUGUUUCCUUAAAUGCAGAAUUAAAGGGGGUGUGGUUUUUAUUACUAGGACUGAACAGGAAGGAUUUCCAUGGAAAGUACUGUAGUGCUAAAGCUUGUAUAUGUAGUUAUUAGGGGUAUGCAGAAUAUUAGUAAAGUACUUGGAUAUGUUUUGCUGUUAAUUUCAUGCUUUUAAAAGAGACUACUUGGUUCUAAUUUAAAUUGAAGAAACUGAUUUUAAUGUUGCAACAGCUAUUAUUUUAACUUGAAAUAUCCACUUAUAUACUUGUAUGUUAGAGGAAAAGUUAUUUUAUCACUUAAAAUUUUGAAAUUUAUCAUAUUUCCUAUCAAAAUUAAUGUGCAAUUUAAUCUCUGGACAUCCUAGAAUUGGCCAUAUGCCACUGAAACCAAACUUUCAGCUGCAUAGAUAGGGAAGGAAGGCAUUUUUAAAAUCUAGUUCAGCUUCUUGACUAGACUGAGAAGGAAGUGAGGCUAGAUUACUCUUGUACAAAGAAAACAGACAAAAACAGUUAUGUGUUUCAGCUGUGCUGAAUACCUUAGCUUCUUAUUUUCACACUACAGAACUUAAACUUUUCUGGAGACUCAGAUUUAAAAUAUCUUUAGUUCAGCUAAAUUUUGAUCUGUUUUUAUAUAUUUUUUCUAAUAGAUGCAUUUUAUUUGUAUACAUUGUAAUUAGCUGCUGAAUUUCUGCCAAAUAUGGACAAAAUAAAAGCUGUAUUCUAUUCUGCCAGUCUAAAUCUGUUCCUAGUUUUUGUCUUUUGUUCAAUCCAUGGCUGGUAAAAUGUCCCUUUGCUGUUUAGAUUAAAGAGACAGUUGCCUUAAUUGCUCAGAGGAAAACUGACCUUGACCAUUUAAAGCUUUAUGUAUUUCUGAAAUUGCUGUAACUUCUGUAUAAUUGCAAUAAAACCUUUUUAAUACAGUUCAGCCACUA